CUCCACUCAAGGGAACUCUAAAUCAGUAAAAACUACUUGGUGAAAUGACUUCUCAUCAUGUUGCUGAAGAACCUAUAAAAAAGGUUGCUAUCUUUGGAGGAACUCAUGGGAAUGAGCUAACAGGAGUAUUUCUGGUUAAGCAUUGGCUAGAGAAUGGCGCUGAGAUUCAGAGAACGGGGCUGGAGGUAAAACCACUUAUUACUAACCCAAGAGCAGUGAAGAAGUGUACCAGAUACAUUGACUGUGACCUGAAUCGUGUUUUUGACCUCGAAAAUCUUGGCAAAAAAAUAUCAGAAGAUUUGCCAUAUGAAGUGAGAAGGGCUCAAGAAAUAAAUCUUUUAUUUGGUCCAAAAAAUAGUGAAGAUUCGUAUGAUGUUAUUUUUGACCUUCACAACACUACUUCUAACAUGGGCUGCACUCUUAUUCUUGAAGAUUCCAGGAAUGACUUUUUGAUUCAGAUGUUUCAUUAUGUUAAGACUUCGUUGGCUCCCUUAUCCUGCUAUGUUUAUCUUAUUGAGCAUCCUUCCCUCAAAUAUGCAACCACUCGUUCCAUAGCCAAGUAUCCUGUUGGUAUAGAAGUUGGUCCUCAGCCUCAUGGGGUUCUGAGAGCUGAUAUUUUGAAUCAAAUGAGAAAAAUGAUUAAACAUGCUCUUGAUUUUAUACAUGAUUUCAAUGAAGGAAAAGAAUUUCCUCCCUGUGCCAUUGAGGUCUAUAAAAUAAUGGAGAAAGUUGAUUAUCCCAGGAAUGAAAGUGGAGAGAUUGCUGCUGUUAUCCAUCCUAAUCUGCAGGAUCAAGACUGGAAACCACUGCACCCUGGGGAUCCGGUGUUUUUAACUCUUGACGGGAAGACUAUUCCGCUGGGCGGAAACUGUACCGUGUACCCGGUGUUUGUAAAUGAGGCCGCAUAUUAUGAAAAGAAAGAAGCUUUCGCAAAGACAACUAAACUAACACUCAAUGCCAAAAGUAUUCGCUCCUCGUUACAUUAGAAAUCACUUCUAGCUCACUUGUGGUACAGUAUCUUGAAAACUCCACUAGUUUGUAAGAUCCUCAGGAGCAGGGUUGUGCCUUAUUCAGCUUCAUCCCAGCACCUAGGACAGUGCCUUACUCAGCAGGCAUCCAGCAAAUGUCUUAAAUUGAUGACUAUCUUUUAAAGGUAUCAUAUUUUAUGUACGUAGCUUAUUCAAAGAAGUGUGUUUCCUAUUUCUGUAUAGUUUAUUAUGCAUUAUACUUUAAUAGUUUAACAUUCUUAAUAAACAGCCUUUAUAUUCAAAAUGAAAAAUUGAAAUAGAUACUAUAUAUAAAAAAUUGUU